AUGUGGCGUCGUUAUUUAAUGUGGUUUGCCCACGAACAUGUCGAUUUUAGACAUGCUGAAAUGCAAAGUAUUCUUUCUAUGUUUGAUAUUCCAAUAAAAUUUAUUGAAAAACCUUGUAUCAAGAAACCAUACUGGGUCGUAGAAUUACCGUCAGAAGAUCAUGUAAGAAUAAUCGCCUCAAGAUCUGUUCUUGUUAAGAAUUGUAUUGAAUUAUGGUCUCAUGCAAAAUGUGAAGCUCAAUUACAUGACAAUUUAAAGAUUGCUAUCAAAAACAUAUCAGGACAAUGGGUAUCUCAACUUGCUUCUGAUGAUAAUGAUUUAACAUACUCCCAAAUCUGUCCAAGUGAACUAAUCACAGCAUGUUGUAAUCCAAGCAAGUCAUUUAAAGUGGAUGUAGAGACCUUCUGUAAACAUUUCUCUAUGAGAGAAAAGGUUGAUAAAAUUGAGAAUUUUAGUUAUCUUCCAUUAGAGGGGCCAGUGAAAUUGAAGAAUCCAGACAUAACAUUGUCUUACCUUGAAUUCUAUGGUGUUGAUCCAAAUAAUGUACCAGAACAGCCCUAUGAUGUGUUUUUUGGAAGAUGGAUCGCAGACGGCCAGCGCGACCUCAUCCAACGGCACUCUCUAAAGCGACGCCAGUUUAUUGGCAACACGAGCAUGGACGCGCAGCUUUCCCUGAUCAUGGCUAACCAGGCUCAGGUUCUACCGGGUGACAUACUACUUGACCCAUUCGUUGGAUCCGGGUCGCUGCUUGUUGCCGCAGGACAUUUUGGAGCACAUGUGUGGGGUUCAGACAUUGACUUCAUGAUGCUGCAUGCCAGAUCACGUCCAACGCGAGUGGGACAAAAGGUGCGUAAAAAAGACGAGAGCAUCAAGGGCAACAUGAAGCAGUACGGGAUCGAAUCCCGUUACUUGGACGUGGUGGUGAGCGAUUUUUCGCUACCGAUGUGGAGAGACGACCUAAGAUUUGACGCCAUUGUCACAGAUCCGCCCUACGGCGUCCGCGAGCCAACGGAGAGAAUCGGAAUAGAAAGGGAAAACUACACGCUCUCUGAUCAGCACUUGGCGAACCACAUUCCGUCUAAAGUGGAGUAUGGGUUGCCGCACAUCUACAGCGACCUGCUGAACUUUGCUGCGAGACACCUGGAGAUGGGGAGACGGCUUGUUUGCUGGUAUCCAUUAGUCAGAGACGAAUACAAGGAAGACGAAUUACCGUCUCAUCCGUGUCUCCGCUUGGUUGCCAACUCGGAGCAAGUGCUGUCGAAGCUGACUGCGAGGCGGCUGCUCACCUACGAGAAAGUUCACGACGACGUGCCCCACUUACCUGUGGAUCCUAACGCUAUGGCCCAUAACUUUAGAGAAAAAUACUUCAACAUGGGUGAGAUGACGCGGAAAGAGAGGAAAGAGAAGCGGGCGGCAGAGAUGUCAGCCAAUGCUGUUGGCAAGGCACAAAAUAGCGAGCACAAGAAACAUAGCUAA